AAAGCUGGCGGUAGAUAAGACGGUUCUGCUGUGCUCUUCUAGCUAGCUAGAAAGUAGUAGCAGCGUUAUUGUCAAUUCCGGAUGUUCAGGUCUAUCAAUGCACGAAGAAGAGCCUCAUUGCCAUAACGCAGAAUAACAGCAGAUGCUUUAUUAUGGAGUCCAGAGAGUUUAUGACACAGCGGGACCGGAUUAAACAGCAGAUCGAGGCGCUUGAGCGAUGUCUCGACACUGAUGGUACCGCGAACAGCAUUGACAUGAUGCUGUCUUCAUCUUCAUCAGAGUCCGAGGAGUCAUACGAUGAGGGGGCAGAAGACGGUGAGCAGCGUUACCUAGGCAUGGAACAGCUUGUGGCGAAGCGCUACCAGAUCCAGCAAGAGAUUGAGGAGAUAGAGGGCGCUCUUGACCAAGACAUGUCCUGUGUGAAAAUGGAAAUUCUGUCACAAGAUGAUGAAAAUGACACAGGAAGUGCUGUGGAAAAUCAGAAUGGAGAGGAUAGCGAUGAGGAGUUUGGUCUGCCAGAGAAUGCAGAGACCUGCCUGCAGCUAAACUUGGUCUACCAGGAGGUGCUGCAAGAGAAGCUGACAGAGCUGGAACAUCUGCUGGUUGAGAACCAGGAGCAACAGAAAGAGCUCAUGACACAGGUUUGUGGCCCAGACACCCCGCAGGCCAGCUCCUCUGGAUUACCUCCACUGAAAGUGUUCCUGGGAAAUUUCAUGAAGCCCUAUUUCAAAGACAGGGUCACUGGACUGGGUCCUCCAGCCAAUCCAGAAACAAGGGAAAAGAUGAAUAAGGGGACAAGAACAUAUGAUGAAAUGAAAAUAAAAAGAUGGGCAGGAUGGCAGAAGACACUUCUGUUUAGCUCUGUAAUCAGUGACUCCAUGAAGCGCCAGUUGCAGCCCAAGCUAUCCAAGGUGGAGUACCUGAAUGAAAAAAUGAUCAAGGGUGAUGAUGUGGAGAAGCAAAUUCUACAAAAACAAAUUAAUCAAAUAGAGAGAGAAAUCGAGGACAUCAGCUCAAUGACUGAAGAGCAGUUGAUGGGUAGUCGCCGUGCUUACCAUGACUGGGAAAAAAUUUCAAAUAUUGAUUUUGAGGGCACACGUAGUGCUGAGGAUAUCAAGAGGUUUUGGGAGAACUACCUGCAUCCCUCUAUCAACAAGUCCUCCUGGAAAGAGGAUGAAAUUGAAAAGCUCAAGGGCAUUGUGGAGAAACAUAACCACUGCAACUGGGAUCAAAUAGCAGAGGAACUGGGGACCAACAGGACUGCCUUCAUGUGCCUCCAGACACACCAACGCUAUAUCCACAAGGGCUUCAAGAAGAAGGCUUGGACCAAGGAGGAGGACCAGGUCCUGAAAGAGUUGGUGGAGAAGAUGCGCGUUGGCAAUUUUAUCCCAUAUACUCAGAUCUCAUAUUUCAUCGAGGGCCGAGAGGCAGCCCAGCUGAUAUAUCGCUGGACACAAGUUCUUGACCCAAGCCUCAGGAAAGGCCAUUGGACUAAAGAGGAGGAUGAGAUGUUGCUGAAAGCAGUGGCAAAAUAUGGUGUCCGUGACUGGUGGAAAAUACGAAAUGAGGUCCCUGGCAGGAACGAUGGACAGUGCAGGGACAGAUACUUGGACUGCCUGAGUGGGGAUGUGAAAAAAGGUCGCUGGAGCCGGGAGGAGGAGGCCAUGUUGAUAAAUCUGGUCGAGAAGUAUGGAGCAGGCCGAUGGUCCAAGAUUGCCUCUGAGAUACCAAACCGUAUUGACAGCCAGUGCUUGCAGAAAUGGAAAUCUAUGACACGAUAUAGGUGUAAGAAAAGUAAAUGUCAUAAAAGUGAACCUCUGAAAAAGAGGGAAAGGAAGAGGAAGAAAGUUGAGAGGAGGAUAAAACGACAGAGGAAGGAAGAAGACAUGAUGACUAGUUCAGAGGAGGAAGACAUUGUUUUUAUGGAUAGUGAGGAGGAGCUAGCAGAGGGUGAGUCAGAUCUGGAACAGAUCUGCAGAGAGGAGUACAUUCUGCCCAGAAUUGACGAGUGGAUUCCCAAAAAGUCUGACUUGCUCCCAUGCUUGGACCAGCGGGUUCUCCAAACUGUGCAGACCAAAUUGUCAAACCAGAUUACAUCCCAGGGCAAGGUCACACGAGGACGUGCAUGUUCAGUAAACAGCUUAGUCCCACCACGCUUUCCUGCUGGAGUGCGCAACACCAUCGUAGACCAGUUUGGUGGCCUUGUGACCAGCAACAUGGGAAUGCAGCCGGCACAGAAGGAUCGCCACAAUGAAAAAGACGUGAUCAAAGUAUCUCUCUGUGAGGUGAGAAAUCUUCUGCGCCGGAACCAAGGCAUGAACCCUAGGCACAGGAUAAGGAGAGAGAGCCAAAGGAGGAGUAGCACAAAUGGUAAAGGAGAUGGGCCAGUGCAAGACAGGAGACCUGAGUGCAGUGCCAUGCUCAACAAUGAGCUCCUGCUUGCCAUCACUCCGUGGGUGGGUAACCUGCUGGUGACCAUGGCUUCCCGCCAAAGUAAACACUGUCAAGCGGAUGUAGUGAGAGAGACAGCUGAGAGUUUGGGACUCACAAGCACUCCUGUCUUUUCCCUGUUUCUAAAAAUUCUCUCUAUUGAUGCAGAGGGUUGCAAGAAGGUUAUUGAAGGACAAAACAUGAAGGAGUCCGGCAUUUCUGGUAAACAAGUUCCUGCAGUCACUCCAUCACUCAAGACGAAACCUUGUCAGGUUACAUCCCAUAAUCGCACAGUGGCACAACUGCUGUAUGAGAAGCGGAGGCAAGUGUACAAGAAGAAAAAAGGGGAUCAAAAGAAGACUCCGCUCUUCAUGCCAUAUUUGAUGAUUCCACAGUCCGUGGUGUUCACACAGCCACUACUGCAGGAGACUCAACCCCCAUUAACUUCCGCUGAUAACAAAUCUUCUGUUGCCAACAGUGAGGAGAAAGCUGGAGCACAGCAGUCACAGAAGCGCAUUCGGAAACCCACAGAGAAGGCCUUGGCCCUCAAGGCUGAUUCUAAAGUUAAAGCAUCUGAGAAAUCACGUAACCACAAGAAGGCCUGUUUAAAGAACAUCUGUCCCAAGGUUAGGACAGAUGGCGACUCCUCUCAAGUGUCCCUCACCCCCCCAUUUAUCAAUUGGAUUGUGACCCCAAAUGGCAUAUUGCCAGUGAAUGGCAUAGGGAUUCAAAUCCCAGUGGUUACCCAACCCCCUGCUGUGGGCACCAAAGAGGUCUUUUCAAACAUGUCUUGUUUGCCAAGUACAAAUUCUUUCAUCAGCCAGCAAAGCUCUCUUACAUUCCCUGUAAAAGCUGAUCCAGGAGCAGAGCCACCCUCAAAGCUGCUAAAGGUCUCCCCCAGUCCCUCUAUUAAAGCUGCCUCCCCUGUCUCUUCAGGAGUCUCAGUAAUGGAGGAAAGAGCAGUGUUAAAACCUGCUCCCUCCACUUACACAUCCACAAACACUCCUGAAGGUGGAGUUAUUUACACAGUGCCUAAUACCACUGGACUUAUCCACAGCACCUCAUCAUCAAGAUUAGUCAGUUUGUCACAGCCUAACACUUCAUGUUCUCAAAUUACCCUGCACACCCUCACUCCAAGAGCCACCAGCACUAUAUUGUCUGUACCUAUUUCAGUGAAUACUGUUCCUUCUAUUCCUGUUCCACCACAUACUGUUUCUCAAAAGGACACACAUGUUAAUCCUGCACUCCCUCAUUCACAACACCUGCCCACACUCCCAGUUUUUCAACCACACACCCCAGGGAUAUCUGGGAACUGUCCUGUAAGCCCCCCUGCUCCAGGUGUAUCCCCAUCCCAACAAAGAGUUGUACACAUACUGCAGCCCAGGCAUCCUCCUUUAACGCUUUCCUCAAAGCAUGGCAUGCAACCUAAACCCGAGCCUAUCAGUUUUGACCCCAGCCUAAUGUUCCUGGAAGAUGUCUCUCAACUAAAUGACUGGAUGAAAGGGGCGAUGGUGCUCCCUCAGCUGGACAUGACCCUCCCAUACCUGCCACCCUUUGUCAGCAGUCUCACAACCCUUGCCACUCUCCUUAAGUGCAAAAUGGACAUGAGAAAGUGUGCCUUGCCACUGGUAACUACCAAUGGGGAAAGUGACGGGGAAGAGCCUCCAGAGAACGCUAUCCGCCAGCUGGUUGCAGAGCGUUUGAGCAGUAACCCAGCUUACGUGCUCCUGAAGGCUCGAUUUCUUUCCUGCUUCACCUUGCCUGCCUUCCUGGCUACCAUUCCUCCAUGUAGAAAAGCCAAGCCACCAACAUUCAUCACUUCAGAGGAUAGCAAGCAUGAGGAAGACACUCAGCCAGGAAAAUAUGGUGGCUUGCUACGCAUAGACGGUGAGGGAGCAGUGGCUGCUGAGUUCAGCGGAAUUUCCACGCGGCACUGAAGCUGCUAUCCCAACAACCAAGAAGCUCAACUGUAUAACUCAUAUUUUUUGGUUCAUUUUAAAUAGUGUAUGAUACUUUGUUUUGUUACUUAAAAUAAUACUAUUAAUACUAUUAAUAGUAUUAAUAGUAAGUCAGGGAGGGGGGACCAGUGUUGCUGACUUUAAUUGUGCCAAAACAUCUCUCAUUUUUGCUUUGUAAUGAUUCCCCCUUUGUUAUUUGUAACUAGUAUUUGAGAUCAUAUCACAUUUGACGUAAUAUAGCUAGAACCGAAUCUUAAUUAUUUUUUGUCAUAUUAUUAGAACUUUCUGUGAAACAUUCAAAGUCUG